AUGUUACGCGAAGGAGGGGUUUUCUCACUUUGGCGUGGGAAUGGUCUCAAUGUACUUAAGAUGGCUCCAGAGACGGCUCUUAAAUAUGCCUCAUAUGAGCACUAUAAGGUUUGGCUGGCUGGGCGUUCUCCACUCCCUGGAGUUGGUGGCAGCAGUCUGUGGCUUGCUGAGAUGCUGGAUGGUAGACCACUGCUAACCAAGUUUCUCGCAGGAUCACUCGCCGGAUCCACCGCCCAGACGUUUAUAUAUCCCAUGGAGUCAGCUGAUCUUUUAUAG